AUGCUGAUAGGGCAGCAGCACGGCCGCUUCCCCGCGCCACUGCUGCUGACGGCGUUCCACUUCGCCCAGCAGGCGCUCAUGGCCUCCGCGCUGCUCCACUCCGCCUUCCCCUCCGCCCUGCCGCCCCUCCCCCUCUCCUCCCGCGACUACUGCCUCCGAGUCAUUCCCACAGCGGUGGCAACAGCAGUGGACAUCGCUCUCUCCAAUCAGUCCCUCGCUUAUAUCACACUCACCUUCUACACCAUGGUACGAGCCUGCUUGUCCCUCCCUGCUUGUCCCUCCCUGCUGCGCGUAGCCUUAUCUUCCGAGGCGUUUCGUUUCGAUGCGUUUUACAGUUUUCUCAAGGAAGUCCAGAGCUGUCAAAUGGCAUCUCUCUACUGCAAAGGCCGCGCCCGUGUGUUCCUGCUGCUCUGCCUCUGCUUCCGAUCCACUCACAAUGUCCUCCACGUGUCGCCUUGCUGCACUGCACUGCCCAUGCCAUGCCCCCAUGCCACCCUAUGUCACGCCCACGCCACGGGCGGCAGGCUGGAGCCUAUCAGCUUUCGUCUCAUCGGCGUCAUGAUGGUCAUCUCUGUGGGCGUGCUCUUCACAGUGGCGGGCGAGGCAUCGUUCCACCUGUGGGGAUUCGUACUCGUCAUGCUCUCCGCCAUGGCAUCUGGCCUGCGAUGGGUGCUCAUUCAAGUGCUGCUGCAGGUGAGCCCACCCUCUCGUCUCCCAGAAAGAUCGCCUUGGUAUGCUCUCUAUCCCCAAACCCCGCCCGCCCUUUAUCUCCGCUACGCUUCCUUUCCCUAUUUUUCUACUGCACUUCCCUCGUAUUUCCCUGCUUCCGUUUCUCCUGUUCAUGGCCCCGUGUGUUGUGUGCUGCACGGUCCUCCUACUCGCCUCUUGUACUCCCAUCAUGCCCUGCAUCUCACCCUCCCCACUCCCUCGCCCUCUUUUGCAGGUCUGAGCAGCCCGCUGGUAUCUCUGGCUUACAUCACGCCCCCCAUGGCCGUCACCUGCGGUCUCUUCUCCCUCGCCCUCGAGCCACUCGCCUCGCUGCCCUCCUCGUCUUACUUCUCCCCGCCCUCGCACCUUGCACCCACCAUGCUGCUUCUGCUGCUGGGAGGGGUGCUCGCGUUUCUCAUGGUAAAUCUUAGGCAAUUCGCUGCCGCUGCUCGUUUGCGGCCAUUGUGCUCGCUCAUUCCUGCUGCUGCUGCUCUUCAUGCUCUUCAGAUCAUGUCGGAGUUUCUGCUCAUCCUGCACACCAGCGCCGUCACCUUCUCUGUGGCUGGCACUGUCAAGGAAGGCGCCACCAUCCUGUUGUCUCACCAGGCGCCUGCGCUCCUACAUGCCUACUUUCAACUGCGCCCCUCCCCACUCCACCACCAGGUGUCCCAUCUGGUGUUCUCUGAUCGCUUCACGCGUGUCAACCUGGUGAGCGUGCUCAUCAUCAUGGUCGGCGUCUCACUCUCCCGUCCAACCACUUGCAACCCUCCACGCUCCCCUCCCUCUCCCUCCUACGCCCAGGUGUCCCAUUUGGUGUUCUCCGAUCGCUUCACGCGUGUGAACCUGGUGGGCGUGCUCAUCAUCAUGGUCGGCGUCUCACUCUUCAACCUGCACAGGUAA